UCCGUCCGUCCAGUACAUUUAAAAAUUAUUAAGUUUGAUAUCUGAGUUUUAAGGAGAAAUCAAAUUGCUACCUCCAAUGAUCCAUCCCUACGGGCCGAACGGCCCCUACUUCAGGCAUCCCUGUCAAGGGGAUCGUAGUCCCAGUCUUACCGGCGAUAUGGGCGUCAAUGGAGAAAUUAGUCUUGGCAGCUCUAAAAUCGCGGAAAUGGGCUUCAGCUUCAAGAGUUGUCGCCUGAACACAUGCGAAGCACAGAAGCGGGCGGUUCAAGCGGCAUUGGACGCAAACGUGCCACCGGCCAGGUUUUAUAUACGAUCCACAUCGCGGGGACUGCGUCGGGCCGUCGACAUUUUUAUGCCCCGUUUCUAUCCCGAUGAAAAUUGUGUCCCCUUGGAGGGGGAGCAGCGGUAAAGGCACUUUUCAGAGUCCUCGCACAGGGGUUAAUCGACAUCAUAGGCAUCCAGGAUUCUUGCACUUCCGGGAAAUCUCUGCCAUCCGCCCAUCUAUUGGGCUCUUCAUGGCAUGUAGCAUUUUUUUUUGUAAUAACGACCACUUGCUGAGGUACCUUGUGCAGCUGAGAAUUGGAAGCCAUUGAAAAAUAAGAAAAGCCACCUCUUUAGACAUCUGCUUCCAAUUACACUAGUUCGGGGAUGGGGCCAACAUGGAGGGGAAUUUUGGUCACAAAUCAACACGAGAACUUAUUUACUUCAUCUGGAAAUCAUGGGCAUCUCACAGAUGUCAACAGAGAGGACAACGCCUUUUAGCAACGAAAUUUUUUAAAUAUUAUGUGAAAGUAGCUUGAAAAAGAAAAUAAAAACUUUUGUAUUUUUAAACGUUAA